UUUUCUGAUUCUGAUAUUUUAGCAAUUGUGUGUGAACAAUAAAAAACAAGCAGCAGCAAAUUGAGGUUCAUCAUUUUUAUAUUCAGGAAAAAAAUUAUUUAGUUUCCUUUAACAUUAACAUGUACUGUAACCCAAUUAAGUUAUCUCCGUUCAAUAUCGCGUGAUAUUCCCCAAUCAAUCUUUCGAGAACCAUCAGAGGGUUGGCCCAGAAUGCCAUUUAGAAAAAGAUCCCAGUCCUACAGCUAUGGGGCGCAAAUCUUCCUCUUACGUUUUCGCCGCCAUGACAUUGAAGUGACUAGUAGCACAGCGCGGACAGCGGCAGGCUAAUCUGCAAAAACUAAAUAACGAGCUGAAGACUAUUUAAAACACAGUAUCGAUACUGUAGACUCCAUCUCGAAUUAAAAAACAACAGUAAAGUCCCUCAGAUUCUGUUCCUGGACUCUGAAGUCUGCAUUUCGCUUUUUUCUGUCCUGCUACCCAGAACAGAUUGAGUAAGAUGUCCAUCCAUCAUGAAGCUGGUUCCAGCGAAGGAUUUUUGCCUUCCAUUUCUUCUGUGAGCCCACAGGAAGACCCACGUACCAGAGAGCUGUUGAUGUUUGUUUACAAUCAAUGCAGGCGACUGUGUGACCAAUUUGAAGCCCAGCCUCUGCAAAUGGAUCUGGAGUUCUUUCAUUUUCGUUAUGAGGAACUGUACAGACUUCUUCUGAGAUGUGUCCACCAUCAAAUAUUUUCAGACCUGGAAGAUGUACUGCAGAGCAUGCAAUCAGUGUUGGUUUUACUAGAGGGAAAGCAUCAGCCGCUACAUGGAUUUAAGCUAGCUGUGCUCAGAACUGGAGGGAGGGGACGCCCUUCCCGGGACAUUUCUGCUGAGCAACUUCAGUUUCUUCUUGAAUUUGACUUUACUGUUAGGGAAAUUGCACAUUUGUUUGGAGUCAGUUUCAGAACUAUAAGAAGGAGAAUGACAGAAAAUGGUCUGUCAGUGAGAAUGUACUACAGCAACAUUUCCACUGAGGAUCUUAGAGACGUAGUGUCUAGUUUCAUUCAGCAGUUCCCUGAUUCAGGAAUCAAAACGGUCAGUGGAUAUCUCAACAGUGUUGGACUAAGGGUUCAAAGGUCUCGUGUUAUUGAAACCCUGAGAGUAUUGGAUCCUGCUGGCAUGCUGUGUCGAGGGCUUGGAAUAAACGUUAUUCCAGAAAGAGUGUACUCUGUACCAGCACCAAAUUCUUUAUGGCACAUUGAUGGAAAUCACAAGUUGAUUCGUUGGAGAAUUGUGAUCCCUGGAGGAAUUGAUGGGUACAGCAGAAAGAUCAUGUACCUCUGUGCCAAUAAUAAUAAUAGAGCCUCCACUGUAUUGAGCGCCUUUCUUGCCGCAGUCCAGCAAUUUGGGAUUCCAACAAAGGUUCGCAGUGACAAAGGAGGGGAGAAUGUUGACGUCGCUCGUUUCAUGCUUGAACAUCCACAGCGAGGACCAGAUAGAACAAGUUUCAUAACCGGACGGAGUGUUCACAAUCAGAGAAUCGAACGACUGUGGAGAGAUGUCUGGUGCUCAGUGACUGUAAACUAUUAUACAGCCUUUCAACAUCUUUACAACUCUGGUGUGUUAAAUGUAGACGACGAGCUAGACCUCAUUUGUCUACAUUAUGUGAUGCUUCCCAAAAUUAACGAACAUUUACAGCUGUUUAAGAAAGCUUGGGAUCGUCAUCGCCUUUCUACAGAGCACGGAAAGUCCCCCCAGCAGUUGUGGAUUGAAGGACAGAUUAUGGGGGCGCAUCCUAUCACUGAACCUGUUUGUGAACAGGGAACUCUGGAGGAUUAUGGCAUUGACUGGGAAGGACCAACACCUGUUGAUCAUGAAGCUGCAGUUGAUGUUCCAGAAAAUCCCAUGCCUCUACAAAACCGAGUAUUUGAACAUCUCCGUGAGAGAAUAGAUCCUCUUCGCCCUAGUACAUGCUUUGGGAUGGAUAUACUAGUGGAAGCCUUGGAAAGUGCUCGAUGAAUAUUCCAUGAUGUGAGGGACCGGGUCGGUCAAGCAUGAGGACACAGAAAGAAUUUUCAAGGAAAAUGGGUUUUAUUUUCCCAAAAUAACAAAAUUCAAACAAUGAUUACAGGGUCCUUAAAAUAGGUCCAAUGAAAAAGGAGGGGGCAUCAGCUGAGUUGCUACUGCUAGUGUCUUCAUGUUCUUUUGAAAAUCCAGUUCAUCCUGUCUUUUAAAGCAUAACUCCUUUUCUGUAUCCAGAGGCGAACACCUGCGAGGUCACUCUGCGCCUCCCCAUCCACCAGACCUAUGACAGCUUUGUGCACUACAUGGAGUCUGGCCUGAUACAGGCUCCAACGUUUGGAUUCCUUCAGAAUCAAACUUGAUGUUUUUGUUUUGUUGUUGUUGUUCUAGUGUGUGACGUCAAAGGUUAGUUUCAUUGACAUCAGUUUAAGUUUGUCUGCGAUAUAAAAUAAAAUAAUGCAUUUUCAGUUAAAAUGAAAAAAAGUUAUUUUCAUGAUUGUCAGUUAUGGUUGCAAAAUGUUUGUAAUUUGUGAGAUGAGCAGUUUUGGUUGUGGAUUUAUUUCAUUAUUUUAAGGAACAUAUUCUUGCAAAUAAAGCCUAUAGUGACUUUCCCCAA